GAUUUGAGGGUGUCGUGAACCUCGUUCUGAAUGCAGCUAUUCAGGCAAACAAGCGCAUAUAUAUAGACCUGCUGUUUUUAGAGGUAGAGAAAAAGUGUAUUUAGGUGGAAAAAGGUUUUAGGUUACGCAGGAGACAGACAUGUCGGUGAUUUGGGUAUUCGUUGUUGGGUCGCAUUAUUUGGGGUGGCCCGCACGGGGCCCGUGGGACCCACCGAGCCACUUCGCGGACUGCCCAUUUAUUCAGUAAACUACAGGAGAUUGGUAAAGACCCUAACAAGAUCCUGUUCGGUCAACAUGAGGCAACAUGGCUGGGGGCUGGAGGCGGGCAUUCUCCUUACUUAGUGAAACCUAAUUACGGUCCUGGAAACACGAAAGGCUGGAUAUACUGGAAACAACAAGCCACGAAUGGCGACAAGGACGAGCUGUGCGACAUCAAGCAGAUGUGUGGGGAAUACCCAGCCGUGAUCGGCUUUGAUUGGUCAGACACGGGUGAUGAUCACAUGACAGUGCUGAGGACAUUAGCCAAGUACGCGUACGACCGAGGGAUGGUGGUCACUAUCACAAACCAUUGGGGCAAUCCCCUCACUGGAUCCAACGCCUGGAUUUCUAACUCCCACGGAGACACCGUCCACGCCCUCAAACGCCUCUUGCCGGGGGGAGACCACGCCGCCAAGUUCCAGGGGAUGCUGGACAAAGUCGCAGAAAUCGCCAAGACUAUGAAAGGAUCCGAUGGAAAUCUUAUUCCCAUCAUCUACCGACCAUUCCAUGAGAACAAUGGCGGGUGGUUCUGGUGGGGGCAAAACAACGCUGCCAAAAACACCGCGGAUGACUUCAAGAAGAUCUGGCAACACACUGUCCACUACCUCCGCGACAUCAAAGGCGUCCACAACUUUCUCUACGCCUACUCUCCCAACGCGGGCUACGCCAACCUGAACACUAAAGGCAGUUUCGUUACGUCCUACAUGGACACUUACCCGGGUGACGACUACGUCGAUGUCUGGGGUGUGGAUGAUUACUACAACAUCGACGAUCCGAGUCGUCUGCAGAACUUCGCAGACAGGUUGUCCGAAUUAGUCCUGGAGGCAGAGAAACGCGGUAAAAUCCCCGCCAUUACGGAAUUCGGAUUGCAACACAACGGUCUCAGCAAACACCAUAAUUAUCUCAAUGAUCGCCUGCUGAACCCGAUAAAAGGUGUUGGUGUGACCAGUCGCCCGGCCUCCCGAAGACUGGCCUACAUGGCAACCUGGAGCAAUCAUUGCUUUGACAACGGUAAAUGUGAAUUGUUCCUUCCUUACCAUAACCAUCCGGCCGAGUCCAACUUCAUGACCUUUUACCACGACCCUGUCACUGUCUUCUCUAAAACUAUGCCGAACAUGUACACUUGAGGCGAUCUAAUAAACCU